AUGAAAAAGAAAAAAAAAAGUUUUCGUGGAAAGUCACAUGGAACUGAAACUGAAACUGACCAAAGUCAGUAUCAGAUUGGAAGUCCACUUAGUUUAAACUGUGAUAACUGUUCAAAUGGUUUAUUAAAAAUGAAUUUUAAGUUGAGAAAGAUAUUUUACUCGCUUGUUGUGUUAAUUUCGUUUCAAGAAUUAUCAGCUAUUGAAAUACCAAGAACAAACAUUCAAAUAAUUCCUUUACAAUUAAAUGGAAGCUUUCCAUUAGCUUAUGAAAGGUUUAUUGUGCCAAAUGUGAAUGAUUUAAAGAACGAACAAGUGGAACAAAUCACAACAGAGAAAAAUUCAGGUUCGAAGGAAAAGUUUUGGUUGCUUACAGAGUCACCGAUAAGAUUAAAGCUAAAAAGUGAUGAGUUGCUAGACACAAAAGUGACAAGACUGACAACAGAACCUUCAACAUAUUUCAAUCCUGAUUUAAAAAGUAGUGAACAAUCAAAUAAAGUUGUUAUAAAUGCAACAGUAGAAUUGAAUGAUAAAUUGGUUAAUGCUUCUGAUUCAAAAAUUACAAAGUUGACGACAGCAAAGCCUGCCAAACUACAAGAUCAGUCAGUUGAUGAAAUAUUAAAACAACUUACAUCUGAAGCACCAAAAAAUGAAACUGAAAAAUCAGAAACGCUUGAAGAAAAAUUUAAUAGAAUUUCAUCGGAAGUUUCUCAAAGUUAUAAAAAUAAAAUUAAAGAUUCUCAGGAAAGAAAGUUACAGGAAAGGAAGUUGCAGGAAACAAGCACAAAAUCUGCUCCAAGAGUGAGAGAAAGAGUUGAGAAGUUUAUUCCUGAUUACCAAACAACAUGGGCUCCUAGACAGAUAAGAACAACAACAGCAGUUCCAGUUACAACUCCAUUGUUCGUCCCACGUUCGCGUCAAUCUAAACGAACACCUCAAAACUAUGACGAUGAUGGAGAAAAUUAUCCAAAUCCAGAAUCUGUUACAGCACAUGACCCAAGAAGCGUGGAGCCACCCCAUACCCAGAAGUUGUUCAAAAGCAGUUUCCGUGACCCACAGCAUCUGCAAGUUCAUCAAGUGUCUGGCGGAAGCGGUUUAGGUGACUUCCUGUAUCAGAGCGAAGUUCAUUAUCCUUCACACCGUAACAACCCUUACCCACCAGCUGUGAUUUAUCAUCCACAUGGCGAACAUUAUCCCAGUCAGAUUGAUCAGCCCACGACAAAGGAUCUUCCAGCUCCUCCAGUUUACAGACAACCUGCUAGGACAGAAGUUAUUAGAAGAGAUCCACAUCGACAUUAUGAAGAUGACGAUGACGAUAGUGAAGACGAUGAUAGACGUAAAUAUGGUUACAGUGGCAAGAGAAGAAGUAAAGCUAAGGAAAAGUUCUAUGCUGAUGAUGACGAUGAUGAUGAUGACGAUUAUCAUAGAGAUAGCAGUCGAAAGAAGAAUCGAUAUCGCAAUCAUGACAAGAAAAAGCAUCGAAGUCAAUCACAUGCCUCAGAAGAAGAACAAGAUGAAUACGAAGGCGAAGGAAGCGGAUCUGGCAAAAAUGAUUAUGACGAUGGUGAUGAGAAAGGCUAUCACAUUGUUCAUAAUGAUGGAGGCAAGAAAGGUUACGAUGUGGAUGAGUUUGAUAGAUCUUGGAAGAAGUAUGGAUAUGGAAGGAAGAAGGAAUAUAAAGGAUCCGGCGAAAAAUCAAGGCGUAACAAACAGUACAGAGAUUCCAGUGAACACAGUGAUGGCAGUGGAAGUUACGAAUCAAGCGAAACGCAACUUCAACCCAGAAGAAUAAAGUUUUAUCAUGAAAUAAAAGAAGAAAUUACAACGCCAAUAAAAUCGACAACUGAAAAACCUACAGAAUCAACCACAAAAAAAGCUGAAGAAGAAGUCCAACAGAUUAGAAGAAUCAUGGUUAGCACAUUUAAACAUAAUCAAAAAACCACCACUGAUUCGCCAAAAUUAAUGCCAAAAGUUUUGCAUGAAAGAAAAAUUGAAGAACCGCCAAAACUGCAGACAAUGAUUGGGGAUAAGUCGAAGAAACCAAAAACCAAGAAAUCAGGGGAAGACGUUAAGGAGAUAAGAAGGAUUUUGGUUAGUACGUAUAAAGAAAAACAACAGAAGAGUUCUGACGUACCCAGCACAACACCAAAAGUUGUAAGUGAAAGAAAAGCUCCAAAACCUUCCAAGCCUGAGAGCUCCGUCACUCCAAAGUCACCUCCAUUGCCCCCUAAAGUUCCAGAGAAACCGAAAAAUAUUGAGAAUCAAGGCGAUGGUGCUAAACAAGCACAGCAACAACCAGCUAGUGGCCCUGACGAUCUCAAAUAUUUUCAGGAUUUAUAUCUCGAAAAAAAUUCGCCAUUAGAAAUUGAAUUUGGUCACAUUAGUGAGACGCCGAAAGGAUGGGAAGAACGCUAUGAAAAGCAAAAUCAUGAUCAUAAGGUUAGAUGGGCAGACAAGAAUGGGGGGUUCGGUGAACACUACUGGGAUUUGAAUCACUGA